UGAAAAGUGGAGUACAUAUAGGGAAGAUAAUCCACGUCAGGCUCAAUUUGUCAAGGAGAAGAUUGUGAAUGAUCUGUGGUGGGAUAAAGUGCGCUAUUUUCUUAGUUUCGCUGAGCCUGUCUAUACUAUGAUACGAGCAGCUGGUACUGACAAGCCAUGCCUCCAUUUGAUGUAUGAGAUGUGGGACACAAUGAUAGAGAAGGUGAAUAGUGUGAUCUAUCGUCAUGAAAUAAAAGAGUCACAUGAAGAAUCUAUCUUCUACUCUGCUGUGCAUGACAUCUUGGUGAGUCGAUGGAGAAAAAGCAACACACCCUUGCACUGCUUGGCACACUCACUAAAUCCGAAGUAUUACACUGAUGCAUGGAUCAAUGAGGUCCCCAACGGACAAGCUCCUCAUAAUGAUGAGGAAAUUUCAGAGAUGAGAAAUGCUUGUUUCAGGAGUUAUUUUUCUGGUGAAGAAUUAAAGAUUAAGUUACAAUAUGCUAAUUUCUCUUUGUUUGGAACUGGAUUCAAUUCAUUUGACUCAAUUGAGGAUAGAGGUUAUAUGGAACCAAAACUGUGGUGGAGAAUUCAUGGCCAUUCUGCUCCAGAAUUGAAAAGGUUGGCACUUAAAUUACUUGGACAGCCAGCAUCAUCCUCCUGUGCUGAGAGAAAUUGGAGUACAUAUGGGCUGAUCCAUAGUUCAUUGGAAAAUAGGCUAAAUCCUGGACGUGCUGAGGAUUUGGUUUUCACACACCAAAAUUUGCAUCUUCUUUCUAGAAAAACUGAUGAAUACCGCUGGUGCAGUGGUCCAUCAGCAAUGUGGGAUGUUGGAGCUGACACUUUUGAAGCUGAUUUUGAGGGUGGUGCUGGUUUUCUUGAGCAAGCUGAUCUGCUCUCGAUGAGCCAGAACUUGAAGAAAAAUUGUUUGAAGAUCUUGGGGCAUUGGAUUUAG